GGUGGCCACAGAUUACCUAUGCAUGUAACGGGCGAUCAAAAAAUAAUAAAUACUUAUGUUACUGUCGAGUCGCCUUUGGCAGUUCAGGUUAAGUUCGAUUUCCCAUGUGAAAAAAUUCCAAAGGUGACUUCGAUAUAUAUAGCAUAGUAUUUGCGAUUCCUGAUGCGCAUGGGUGAUUCGUCCGCAGUUCAUUGUAAUUUGUACUAAUUCGCAAGCAGAGCAUACACACCUAUGCGUUUGUUCACAAUUCGUAUGCGUCAUGCUUGUUUUAUCCAUGUUCGUCCUAGUCCACGAAAAUACGUGAGUACGAGCAAUAUAUAGUAUUUGAGUAGGUACUUGUAUAGGUAUUGAAUUGAGUGUUAUAUAUUUGCAUAUGCUCUGAAAAUAUGGAGAUUGGCUCGUCUUUAAAAAAACCCGUACGGCGGAAUUAAAUAUAUACAAGUUUUACCUGUAUAGGUACACCUUCGAUCAAACUAGUACCAAAGAGUAACCAUUACUCAUUACUAGUAGUAUCUGUGAACGUGGUCCAGUUUGCCAAUUUUACAGUCUCUAAUAUCACCUAGACUCUUCUCUUAUAUAUAUGCCUAGACUAAAAACAAGCUUCCAUACACUAUUCGUGAGCUACCCGCGAAUCGUGCGUCGCGCUCGCGCAUCACGAAUCGCGAAUUCUUGCACAGUCUGUAGUCGGCUUAAGAUGUUGUCGGCACAGUAUGCAACCCACAAUGAACGGUGGGGCAAAAAUUGCAGAGAUGAUUCGCAAUAUAAAUAAGUAAGUUGUUUAUAUCUCGUGAUUAGCUCGAAAUAGGUAGUUAACAGAUAACUUUCUAUUGAAAAUAAACCGAUAAACUAUGGUUAAAUCGUGCGCAGCCUAUAAAUGUACCAACAGAUACUCUGUAGAUAAAUCUGUUUCAUUUCACAGAUUUCCCAUGGAUGAAAAUUUAAAGGCCCAAUGGAUCGGAGCCAUCCACAGAGAAAAUUUUACUCCCACUAAACAUAGUGUCAUUUGCGGGGAGCAUUUUAAAGAGGCCGAUUUUCUGAGAAAGGUACCGACGAAUGUGCUAAACAAUGAUGCGGUACCUAGCGUUUUCAAUUUUUCAAUGCGCUUAAAUGUCAAAUCUCCUAACCAAGGCAGAACUCUCAUUCAACAUCCUUUACCAGCAAGAAAUAUACUUCUUAAUAAUACGCAAUCGGACGAUUGCGACCCCGGUCCUAUUCUCAAUACGGAUCAGGAACCCUCUACUUCUAGUUCUUCACCUACAUCUUUAAAAAGGAAAAUGUAUUGUUAUGUAACUGAAGUAAACCAUAUUCAUUCGUCAUUUAGGAAACUUUACUUUGGAGAUUAUUCUGAGGAAGACUUGCAAUGUCCCAAAAAAGCAAAAAUGAUGUGGAAAUUAGGAAAAAGACAAAUUGAUAAAAAAAAUAAACAACUGAAGAUAUUACGCAUGCAAAACCUUCGACUUCACAAAAAAAUCGAAUCUUUGGAGAAUUUGGUUACCCAUUUAACAAAAAAAUAUAGAAUUUCCGAAGAAUGUGAAAGUGUAUUGAAUUAAGUGUAGCUUGUAUUAAACGUUUUUAGAUAGUUAUAAAUUCAAUGGUUUUACCUAUUGUAAGCAGGUCUGAUUGUACAUGAAUCUGUUGUUGCUCUCCCUUAUCACAGAUAUAUUUUCUUUACGUACCUACAUCUAUGCCCGUAUUAUAAUAAUUCCGUAUGUUGCAGGUAGAU